AUGUAAAGACCAGAAGAAGAUUAUGAUUAUUUAUUUAAAAUUGUAAUAAUAGGAGAUUCAGGUGUAGGAAAAACAAAUAUAUUAUCCCGUUUUACUAAAGAUGAAUUCAGUAUAGAAUCAAAGCCAACAAUAGGUGUAGAAUUUGCAACCAAAACUGUAUUGAACGAUAACAAAUUAAUAAAGGCUUAAAUAUGGGAUACAGCAGGAUAAGAAAAGUAUAGAGCAAUAACUAAUGCUUAUUAUAGAGGAGCAGUAGGUGCUUUAACAUUAUUCGAUAUAACUAAAUAGAAUACUUUUGAUAAUUUAUAAAAAUGGUUAAAUGAAUUAAAAGAAAAUGCAGAUCCAAAUAUUGUAAUUAUGUUAGUAGGAAACAAAUGUGAUUUAAAUGAAAAUAGAGCAGUCAAAACUGAAGAUGCAAGUGCUUUUGCAGAAAGAAAUUAACUUGCUUAUAUUGAAACUUCAGCAUUAGAUUCUACUAAUGUAGAUGAGGCUUUUUAGAGGGUUACAAGAGAUUUUAGUAUUCUUUGA